AUGCCCUGGCUUUGUCAAGAACAGCCCAAACUCCCAUACGAGGAUGUGGUCUCCUUCGCGCUCAACCACUGCGACUAUAACCCAGACACUCCAAUUUACCACGACCUCGACGAUCACAAUCGUACCAUAUCACACCGCCAAGCUAAAGACCAUGUCCGACGACUCGUAGCCGGCUUCCGCAAGGCUGGUCUUCGCAGAGGAGAUUGCUUCUCCAUCACCAGCUUCAACGACAUCAUGUUCAGCAUGUUGUUCCUCGGUGGAGUCGGCGCUGGCGGUAUAUUCAGUGGCAUGAAUCCUGCUUACCGCGCAGCCGAAGUUCGCCACCAUGUGAAGACUGCAGAUGUGAAGUUCUUUAUUUGUGAGCCAGAAUUCCUUGAGCCGUUGUUGCAGGUAUUGCAAGCUGAAAUGUCUGAUUGGAGGGAGAAAUUGUUCGUCUUCGAUACGCGUCCAGGGCAAGUCGUACCGUCAGGUUUGAGGUCUUGGAGAUGGUUGUUCGAGCAAGGAACCGAUAAUUGGGAUGUACUUGUGGACGAGCAAACUGUAAGGAACACGGAAGUCAGCCGGCUUACCACUUCCGGGACUACAGGACCACCAAAGUUUGCCAUGCAAAGCCAUUUCAAUGGCACGAGCUACCACACUCUGAUCAGUGAGGGUAGGGACGUGUCAUGGGAGCCAAGGGCUUUAUCCGUACUGCCCAGUUUCCAUGUUGCUACCGUGCCUGCUGUGCAUGUCAGCCCUUUGCAUUCCGGUCACAAGAUAUGGAUCAUGCGAAGAUUUGAGCUGGAAGAAUACCUGAAAGCAAUUGAGACACAUCAGAUCACCGAUCUUGGCAUGGCGCCACCUUUGGUCAUCGCCAUCAUUAAUAGUCCCUUAACCAAAAAGUACAGCCUGAAGAGCGUGAGGAGGAUAGGAUGUGGGGCUGCGCCACUAGACGCAGAGAGCCAGAAUAGGUUACAAGCACUGUGUGCGAAUGAUUGUGUGUUUACUCAGGUCUGGGGCAUGACUGAGACGACGAGCGCAUUGAGCAUCUUUCGCUACCCAGAGAUGGACUCGACAGGAAGUGUAGGCAAUAUUUUCCUGCCCGGAACCGACGUCAAACUCGUCGAUGAUGAUGGAAAGGACAUUACGGAAUUCGACACUCGAGGUGAAAUAUGUGUAAGAGGGCCAACUAUUGUCAAGGGAUAUCUCAACAAUGCCAAGGCCAAUGCAGAAUCCUGGGACGAAGAAGGCUACUUCCAUACAGGUGACAUUCUAUAUUGUGAUCGAAGGACGAAGAAGUGGUAUGUCGUGGAUAGAAAAAAGGAACUUAUCAAAGUCCGCGGUUUCCAGGUCGCACCUCCCGAGUUGGAAGGUCUGCUCCUGUCACAUCCUGAUAUCGCAGACUGCGCCGUUAUUGGUGUUCCUGGGAAAAGCACGCACGAUGAACGACCACGCGCUUAUGUAGUCAAGCAGUCGGGAGCCAAACUGAACGAGGAAGUUGUGAGGAGCCUUGUUAAAGAGAAUUUGGCGAGCUAUAAAGCACUCAGUGGUGGAGUCGUCUUUGUAUCUGAAAUCCCGAAGAGUCCUAGUGGGAAGAUUUUGAAACGUAUCCUAAGGGAGCAGGCAGUGAUGGAAAUGAAGGACGUCCAACAACCGGUGAGCGCAAAGUUGUAG